CGCUGAGCGGGUGGUAACAUCUGUCACAUCUUUUGUUUGGACAGAUUCAUUCAAGAAGCUCAGCUAAACGGUACGGAAAUACGCAACGAAGGUUUGCCUCAACAUGACAUCACGCGUUGGUCUCAGAGCUGCUGGUGCCAAUGGAAGUGUGUACAGACACAAAGAGAGGGUGGCCCCAUCUUACCAAAUGAGUGCCUCCCUGAAGUCAGAGGUGCGCAAGUUAAACCUGGUCCACCUUCUCCUCUGGCUUCUGGUGGCGGCACAGGUGACUGUCAGCCACUUAAACCUGGUGUCACAUGACACAGUAUCCAUGCCGUACCAGUGGGAGUACCCCUACCUGCUCAGCCUCCUCCCUCUGCUCUGCAGCAGCUUGUCACUGCCAAAGAACAAUAUCAGUUACCUGGUCAUAUCCAUGAUCAGUGCAGGGUUGUUCUCCGUGGCGCCUCUCAUUUAUGGUGGAAUGGAGAUGUUUCCUGUGGCGCAGCAGCUCUACCGCCACGGAAAGGCCUACCGCUUCAUUUUUGGCUUCUCUGCAGUGACUGUUAUGUACCUCAUCAUGGUGGUUGCUGUUCAAGUGCACGCCUGGCAGUUAUAUUACAUGAAAAAGCUGUUAGACUCAUGGUUUGACGCUACUCAGGAGAAGAAGCAGAAAUAAUGGUGUGAAGAAAGCUGUGACUGGGCAAAACUGUUUUUAUCUUAAUUUAUUUACAAGUUAUGCAUCUUAAUCAUGUCUAUUUAUUUAGUCAUUAUCAUGUAAUAUUGUACCUUAGACACCAGUGUUCCCUGACAUUUAUAUGUAAAACGGAGUGAGAUGAACAAUUUAUGCAGGAACCUGGAUUUUCUUGUCAUCGUUAUUUAUUUAAAGCAGAUUAAAGUGUUUUGCACACAAGCAGGAGUGGCAUCAAAGCAACAUCAACAAACAUGGCAGCAUUCAAGGACAUCCUUGUUAUCUCUCAAAAAAUGAUUUGAGAACAUGAGCUGCCCCCUCUCAAAGCCAAAAACCUUAGAAGUAAGUUUCGAGCUUGUGAUGUCACAGGGUAUCAAGUCUGGAGCUGCUCCAUAGAUAAUAAAUAGGAGUCUAAUUUUUGUGGACCCACAGGAUGUUUGUUUUGUUUUGUCAUAUCCAAAUGUGCAUUAUUCUAUUGUAGUGUUCUCAGCUCUGAACCUGAGAAUAUACCGAUAUACUUAGAACAUUCCCCUGGGUGCUCUCAGUGUCAUCUGUAACAUCUUCAUCAUUUAUUGUCUAUGGAGCAUCACAGAAUUGAGAUUUAGUUCUCUAGUUUUUGGAUUUGGGGGCGAAUUUUUCAUUUCUACUAAUAUAUUUGGACUGUCUUAGACCAUAGGAAUAACAUGCAUGAAUUUUGAAAAUGGGUGAAGCUCCCCUCUUAGAUUCAGGCUUCCUCCAGUGAUGCUCAUGAAAUAUGUAUGAAAGAAAUAUAGUGCAAGUUAAAAUAAGGGAUAGGAGAUACAAAGAAAUAGAAACGUAAAAUAUGAAUAUAUACUGUUUGUGUUAAAUGAUUUAGCUUCUGCUGCAGAUGUGCUGAUGCUGCCUCCUUCAUUAAGUCUACCUCUCACUAUGUCCUCUUUUACCCCACAGAAUUAAUUUAAGCCAUUAAAAAAGAAAGGUGGUAAUUUAAAUAUCUGCCUGUACUGUUCUGUUUUCAGGUAUUCUCAUUCGCUAUCAUAAAGCAAGUGUACCUGCAUAGAACAUGCAUUGUAAACCAAAUAAAAAAUAAGAUGAAUACUCUUCAACUUGCCACAUGA